CAAAUGUCUGACUGACAUCACAGGAAGCUCCAAGACAAAUCUGAUCUGAUGAGGGCUGUGGCUUUGCCAUUAACUAGAUAUAUCAUUUUAUUUAGGCGGUUUGCUGUAUAAACAGUUUCUGUUCUGGGAUCCUCAUUAUCUUGCAAGCUCUCUGAGGAUGGCUGAGCCAAGUGGGAGAUAUCAGCAGCUGCCCAAUGAAGAGGAGCCAGAGGAGGGAGCUCAGGUGACCGGCGACGCUCCUCCCCCGUACAGCAGUAUUGCAGCUGACAGCGCAGCGUAUUUUGACUACAAAGACGACGCCGCGUUUCCCAAGCCCCCGUCUUACAACGUGGCCACAUCUCUGCCGUCGUACGACGAGGCAGAGCGAACCAAAGCGGAGUCGACUGUCCCGCUGGUGUCUGGCAGACACAGGGAACGUCUGGACACAUUCGAUGACGUAACUCGCUGUGCGCUGGAGGAUGAUGACUUUGUGGCCAGAGAUGACUUUGAGGACGCUGACCAGCUGCAGAUAGGCAAUGAUGGCAUUUUCAUGUUGACGUGUUUCAUGGCAUUUCUCUUCAACUGGAUUGGCUUCUUUCUGUCGUUCUGCCUUACGACCUCAGCAGCUGGCCGUUAUGGCGCCAUCUCUGGGUUUGGUUUGUCUCUCAUCAAAUGGAUUCUCAUUGUACGGUUUUCUACUUAUUUCCCUGGUUACUUUGAUGGGCAAUACUGGUUAUGGUGGGUGUUUCUGGUGCUUGGCAUCCUGCUCUUCCUCCGAGGCUUUAUUAACUACGCCAAGAUCCGAAAAAUGGCAGACUCUGUUUCUACUCUUCCGCGGACCAGAGUUCUCUUCAUCUAUUAAAGUCACUUGCUGGAAAUGAAAACACAUUCACGGGCCUGCGUUGAACCGUUGAGACCCAGCGGGGGGGAUAUAUUUAAGGAAAAAAAUCCUUCCAUCUGUUAUCUACUCAUCUGAAUGGAAGACCGCGGAAUUCCAGAGCGAUGGAGGAAGAGGGUUUUUUUGGUUUUUUUCUUUUUCUUUUUCUUUCUUUCCCACCCUCUGCUUUUGAAAAUGCAGUUCGGGUAUCAGAUAGCAAGAUACUCUUUUUACGUUCCUAGAUGUAAAGUAGUGGAUGCUAACAGCUCUGUACCUGUUCUGAAAUCAUUAGUGGUUUGAUGUUGAGUGCUGUAACGUAUUAAAAAAAAAAAAAAAAAAAAGCCUUAUGUAUGAGAUCUUUUUUGUAGUAAAGGCAUGCACUGCACUCCCUGUUAACCAGUAGGGGGAAGUCUUGCUUUUUUUAUUUCAGUGUUUUACCUCCCCCUCCCUUCCUCAUUCGGUGACGUUUGACAAGAAGGCAACCAGUCACCGCCGGUCACCAUUCAUGAAGCGCUUUUCUCUUUGUGAAUGGCAGUGUGAAAUGAAUUGAAUCUAAAACAGUCGAUGCUUUUCUUCUAUUCUCUUCUACUGUUUCUCCCUACAUGACAUGAAAUUAAAGUUAAAGACAUUGGCCCCCGUAGCGGCUUAUUAAUAGUAAAAUUAAGCUCAAGGAAUAUUUUUAAAAGCGUUAGAAGGCGCGUGAAUGGCAUCUAGCAUCCAGCGAUUUAGUUUGGGGGGGGGGGUUUGUGCACUGAACAUUUGGCCCCGUGCUUUUUCAGCGAAGGAAACUUUAAUAUUUUCUCCUUUUAUACACGACGCUGAUGGCACUGCACAUUUUUUCCGACCUUUGAAUAUACAUUUAGCCGGAUGCCUCUUCCCCCACCUCGUGCAGUGGCCAUGAUAGGGGCCCGUUUGAUCUCUCGCUGUCUAAUCAUGCAUGAUUUUGUUGUGGCUUGUCUGCUCUUGUCACCUUGGUUCUCGUCCAUGACACAGGAAGUUGCUCUUUUGUGUUCAGUUUUCCAUGCAGCUUUGCGGUCACCCUUUGAAUUCCAAUGGCUGUGCACAUGUAUUUGCUUGUAAAUAAGAUACUGCUAUUAAAUGUCUCUGCUGUUCAACGUU